AUGCCUGACAUCACAACUCUAAGUCAUCCACUUGCCCAAGAGGAUCAAGGCAUAGAGGUUAUUCCAAGUCAUCCUUUGGGCGUCAAGCCAAGUGGGAAUGCUCUCCUAGCCACGUCAAACCUUCGCUCGGCAAUCGGAACAUGGCAAUUGCUCCCCGAUGAAUUGAUCCUGUUAUUGUUGGAAUGUAUGGAUGGGGCCAGUCUUCUGGCCUUUGGAAGGACAUGCAAGGCUUUCUAUGCAUUCACCCGGGCAGAGGAACUAUGGAAGGCUUUGUUUAUUAGUUGUUCUCCAGAGUCAUUCACUUGGCGAGGAACAUGGCGAUCAACUUAUUUGAAUCUGCCAGCCUCCAAAGUCCCCAUCGUGGAUUGUUCUAACCUUUACUCUGAUGCUCUAUACCGACCAUUCAAUUGCGCGCAUAUUUUGAUGGACCCCUAUGUCUCCAAGAUCCCGACGCGCAAUCAAAUUCCACGUCUACCCGACUUGUCACCGGAAGAGUUCCACGAAAAAUGGGCUGACCGCCCAUUCAUCCUAACCGAGCCUGUCAAAGCCUGGCCGGUCUACAAGAACUGGACGGUUGGCCACCUGCUCUCCAAGUACGGAUCGGAAAAAUUCCGUGCAGAAGCAGUUGACUGGGUCCUUCGCACUUAUGGCGACUACAUGGCUGAUAAUGUGGAUGAAAGUCCCCUUUAUCUAUUUGACCGGAACUUUGUCUCCAAGAUGGGCCUGGCAGUUGGUCAACCUGAUGAGACCCCCGAUGCAGCCUACUGGCCACCGUCAUGCUUCGCGGAAGAUCUUUUCUCAGUGUUCGGGAAUGAGCGCCCGGACCGUCAGUGGUUGAUCGUGGGACCAGAGCGGUCGGGCAGUAAAUUUCAUAAAGAUCCGAACGCCACCAGUGCUUGGAAUGCAGUGCUCAGGGGUCCAAAGUAUUGGAUUAUGUUCCCGUCUGGCGAUAGGCAGGAUCCACCGCCCGGCGUCUUUGUCUCGGAUGACCAGAGCGAGGUUACCUCGCCGCUUAGCAUCGCCGAAUGGCUCCUGACAUUCCACGCGGAGGCGCGACGAACGGCCGGCUGCAUGGAAGGAAUUUGUGGCGAAGGCGAGAUCUUACAUGUCCCGUCUGGAUGGUGGCAUUUGGUUGUCAAUUUGGAACCCUCUAUCGCCAUUACUCAGAACUUCAUGCCUCGCUCGCACCUUGUCGCUGCGCUGGACUUCCUCUCCAACAAAGCUGAUCAAGUCUCCGGAUUCAAGAAGAAUGUCGAGAAUCCGUACCAAAAGUUUAUUGACGGCAUGCAAGACGCAUACCCUGAACUUUUACAGGAGGCCCAAGAAGAGCUACAAAGGAAAGCGGAAGGGAAGAAGCGCAAGUGGGACGAUAUUGUUCAUGGAAAACCAGAGGAGUCCCAAGAUCAAGAGGCUGGAGGAUUUAGCUUUGGAUUUGGAGACGAUGGGAGUGACGUUGAAGUCCCAUAA